AUGCGUGUUGUGGUUGAGGCUCAUGAUAUUGGUACGUGGGCGCCCCACUUGCUAAUUCUCUUCCCCCGCGCACGCGUGCACGUGAACCCUCCGCACUCAGGCAUACGUCCGCCCGCCGCUCCCCUUGCUCCUGGCUAUUAUGGCUGUGCCUCAGACACGCCUGUCGCGAGGAAAUUCGGUGCACUUAACGUGGCAACCAGAGGCACGAUAGGAACAGAAACCGCAAUGCCACGAUUCGCGCGAUUGAACAACUCCAAGGUUGUUCCCAAGUGGCACCAGCCCCUCUCCUUUUCCGACGACUUCAACAACGUGCUUCUAGUCGCCUUCGCAUCCCAAUUAACUGAACUUGUGGACUAUGUCUCUGCGUGGAAGCCCAAUUUCGAGGCUAAAAACCCGCUGAUUCGUGGCACGGCCAUCGUCUUCUACACUUUGGCUGAAAUUGACGCGAUGUUCGGACUGGUGAUCCACAAUUGUCUGAUUGGGAAAACUUCAAUAGGUCCCCCUCACUUUCUUCAUGGUUAUCCUAAGAAAUGCGACAAGGAUGGUCCACUGCUGCCACUGCUGAAGCUCAACCACUACUGUCCCACGAAUCCCAUGAACUGGCCGAUAAGUGGGUCAAUUCAGUCGGAGCGUCUGUCCGCUCCUCCGAUCCUUAUGCUGGACGUUGAUGCGACAGGCAUUGCCAUCACCAGAGUCGCCGACGCCUUCACCGUCCUCGUGGUCACCACAGACGAGGGUGAGUUGCUCAAGUACGCCGUGGAGGAGGACGGAGAGGCUCGACUGAUUACCUCCAAGCAGCUAACAUCGCGCCGAAAACCGCUUCGAGGUCUCACAUUGGAUGACACAGGACUUGUGGCCUUUGCCAUCUCAGACGAAAAGGUCUAUCGGGUAGAGCUGCAGAACUGCUCAGCACUGGACAGUUGUGGGGCCUGCCUGGCGCUGCGCGACCCUUACUGUGGUUGGUGUCUUGCGGAGGGCGUGUGUACUCACAAGGCUGCCUGCGGCACCCCCUGGCUCCCCUACCGAGCUUCUGCAUCUAGGUGUCCCAAGAUCGCCCUGGUGGAUCCGCCAGGGAUGGAUAUCAACCAACGGGGAGGCUCUGUGUCAGGCUUGAGUGUGCUCACACUGCGUCCGAGUGCUAUCCUCUCGGCGGCCUUCACGGCGUCCCUCUCGACGGCGACUGGUUGGUUGGGGCGACAGCGACGCCUUCUCUGCGCCUUCCGCUAUCCCCACCCCAACGACAGAGGUGGGGAGGUGGAACCGUCGCGUCGUAGGGGACCCCUCUAUGUGCAAACAGAGGCCAGUCUCAUCCCUGGCUCCAGCGACAUCAGCUGCAAUUUUCCUGAACCCACCGAACUGCCAACUUUGGGUCGUGGCGAGCAGCUUAAGGAGACAUUGGUGUGGUUGGAAUUGGCCGAAUCUUCGACAGCCUCGAAGGGCUCCACUUACCCUUUAGCGGCCGGUGUGUUCACCAUCUACGAUUGCCGACGCUUCACUGACUGUCAGGUCUGCUUGAGCAGUCGUUUUGACUGUAUGUGGCAUCUCAUCGAGGGUCGGUGCCUCUCCUCCACGGACUCUCGCAACAGCUAUCUCACCUCGCCAUUACCGUUCCCACCGAACCGGCCUAAACCCGCACUCAUCUGUACAAAAUUCGACUGCAAAUGUCCCUUAUUCGUCGUCGACCAAGUGAUUACCACCAUUGAAGCACUAAAGCCAGUCUCAGUAGUUGCGAGCGUCUCCAACAUACUGACGCUUGCUGAGCGUUUCUCCUGCUCUGAAAAUUGCACUGGUCAGUGGACCACGGGUGUUUACAAUCGUACCUCCUCCACUGUUACCUGCAACUUUUCCGGGAUCUCUGUUCCCGAUGUGAUUCGCAGUGGUGGGAAUGCCACUGGAUUGGAGGAUGUUGCUACUUGGCACCAUAACUUGCUGAACUUUGUGACGUGGGGAGUAGUGAAGUGCGAGAUCAGAAUCCACUGGCACAACGACCGACUGCCCAGCCAACCGGAGCUAGGCCAUCCUCUCGCAAAUCUCGAGGCCGCAUCGCUGGAGGUCUUUGAGUGCAGUCGGAUGGCGGCUUACUGCGACAGCUGCCUGGCAUUACCUCCGCGCUUCGCCUGUGUUUGGUGCUCCACUGUCUCCACACCCACCGCCGCCUUAGAGGGUACAAUGGGCUGCUUGCAUGCUGAGCGAUGCCCACAUCUCGCCUCUGUCACCUUCUGUCCCCACCUCCAGCUUCUCAAGGUUAUACCAGAAAAUGCAACACUGAGUGGCCAAACGCCACUCACUAUCCGCGGUCUUAAUUUGGGAAGCGAGUUGAAAGAUCUGGAGAUCACUGCAGUGUUUGCAAACUCAGACAUGGAGUCAAUCGCAUGCACCGUUAUACCCGAGGGCUUCCAGCCAUCACGACAGGUUACUUGUCGCCUGCAGCCUAUGAAGCGUAGGCCUAAGCAACCUGAGGCUCCGCUCAAAUGUCAUAUUACUCUGCGCUUGAGAAAGGCGCAUGCACAAACCACUUCCCUUCCCUUUACCUUCCUCUCUCCAAAAAUUGAAAGCUUCAGUCCACAAAGGGGUCCGGUUGCUGGAGGCACACUACUAAGGAUCUACGGUAGAGAUCUCAAUGUCGGAGCAUUUGUAACAGUUGUCCUUGUCUUGAGCGCGAUCGGCGGACAGAAUAACGUUAAAUGUGAAGUCAUAUAUCUGUCUGCAGGCAUCAUUACAUGUCGAACCCAAGCUAUCGAUUCCACCUUACUAUCGCUUGCGUCGGAGCUCGAUAGCGGUGCUACUGAUGGAAUUCCCUCUUCCGUUGCUUUGUUUCACGACAAAACCUUGACCAAGGCACCCUUUCAGAUAUUUGUCUACAAACCGAAUCCUGCGAUCAGAACAGUCUCAAAAACAUUAGUUUUCUUAAGCGGCGGCACAAUUAUCCACGUGUACGGUCGAUACCUUGAUGUGAUCGAGAGUCCCCAGAUUGUCUUCUACCACAACGGAAUGGAGUUUGUUGAAGUCUGCCGAUAUGAGCACGUGUAUCUUUGCUGUGUGAGUCCAUCCCUCACCCUUGAUGUGCGCAGAAAAAGGGCUGCCGAUGUUUAUUCCAGCACUAUUGUUCGUCCCAUUACCAAUCCGUCCAUUAUUCCUAAAAUUUACUCAUUCGAGCACGAUGACGAUAACCUCGAUAACCUUGGCAAAACGAACAGCGCCAUACUAGUCCCAUACGGAUUCAUCAUGGACAAUGUGACAGAUGUACUCGUGCUUGGUGCUUUUUCGGUCUUCCCGAAUCCCGAAGUCUUUCCGUUUGUUGAAGGUCGUCUUAUAGAAUCAUUUACACCUCGUUUAUCUUCUGCAACUUCCAAAGAGACGUCUUUUGCCUCCACGGACGGGGGGGUAGUGGAAGGGAACCACUUAGACUCGAAUGUAAAGUCAGGGAAAUCUUCAUCUGUACAAGAUCGCCACCUGCUUCGUUUCCAUGGGAACUUCGAGGCUUUGGCUGACAUGUCAGAUUUGCAAGCUCUGGAAGAGCUCUCGAUAAUCGUCGUUACUGGGACUGCCGAAAACCAGACCAAUAGGACUUGCAAGCCCAUAAUUUUAAAGACUGACGAAAUUCGUUGUGAACUGAACCUGAAUGAUCUUGUCGAGGGGAAGGAUUACCCAAUCAUCAUUCAAUUCGGCAAGUACCUGAAGUUUCGGCCAGGGGUGGUGCAGUUCAAACGCCUUGGGCCACUGGGCGGACGCGACCGUGCAGUCAUCGUGGCCAGCUCGCUGAUGGGCGCCGUCACCCUCAUGGCCUGCCUCUUCCUCGCCAUGUGGUGCCGCUCCAGACGUACCGAGCGCGACCUUGAGAAGCGCUUCCAGAUUCGUUGGGCAGAACAGGAAAAGUGUGUCGCUCGCGCUUUCAAAAAUGAUUUCAUAGAGCUACAGACACACGUGGAGGAGAUAGUGCAAGACCUGAACAGGAGCAGUCUGCCGAUAAGGGAUUACCAGACGUACUGCCUCUUCUCUCUCUUUCCUGAGUAUCACCUGAGUCUAGUGCGGCCCUCCGACCCACACGAUAUGCCGCCGCACACCGCUGGACCGCGUCCUGACAGCCUCGAGGAUGUCUCUGUCUCUACCCUACUCCCACACCCUCUAGUCUCCGUCUUUAAGGUGCCCGCGAAUGUCCAGGAGGUCGCAGAUCGAGGUAUAUUCCUCUUCAACCGACUCCUUCACAAUAACCAUUUCCUCUGUCUCCUUGUCCAUGCAAUCGAGUCCAAUCGAAACAUCGAUGCACGCGCUAAAUCUCAAAUUGCCUCACUCCUCUCCAUAAUCCUGCAUCCCGACAUGGAAUACUUUACUCAGAUAAUCCUCUCACUUAUCACCGAUCUUCUGCGAAAGUCGCGUGACCACGGAGGUGACAGUCGUCUUUUAACGGCCUUCCGACGAGCCGAGUCAGUGAUUGCGAAGAUGCUCUCCAAUUGGUUCACCUUUCUUCUCUACAACUUCAUCAGGGAGCACGCCGCCGAACACCUCUUCAUCCUCUACCGUGCACUUCGACAGCAGAUCAACACGGGCCCCCGCGACGCUGUCACCGGCCUUGCUCGCUACACUCUCGACGCCGCAACCUUACUCAAGAGCGACCUCCUUUCCCGGCCCAUCAUGCUUUUGGUUGUGGAUCCGGAGGGUCUGUUCGGGCCUCUCUGCCCCGCAAAUAUGGCUGUGCGUGUACUCUCCUGUGAUACCGUGACUCAGGCUAAGGAGAAGAUCCUGGACGCAAUCUACCGAAACACGCCCUACAAAAGCCAGCUUCGUCCAACGGAUGUUCAUCUAAAAAAGCUUGUCGGCGCUUUUGACAGUGGCACUGAAUUUUCAGGAUCCUUUGAAAAAGCAGCCGAUUUGCUCAUGAUGGAUUGGGACCUGGACGUGAGGCGGGAUGCUACGAAUGCGUCGAUCGAGGGUCCGCCCUAUCGACUUAAUUGCCUAAGUGAUUACAAGAUGACUGACAACGACGUGGUGGCGCUGGUGCGCGCCGGAGAGUCCCUUCUUCUCACUAAUGGUGGUGGCACGCUACCUGCUGCCGCGUCCAGAGUAGCUCACAGUUGUACAUCUCCCAGCGGGAGCCUUCCUCUGCCCUUGCACCAGCCACUCCAGCCACCACCUCUUCUCAACAGUCACCAGCAGGCUCCUUUCAACAUGCGCCCCACCGGAGGGCCCAGCGCUCUCCUCUGGUACCACCUUGAAAGACCCACAAAUGCAGACCUACAGGUGACGGAAAGGAGCGAGUGGGCGAGAAGGGAGAAGGAGGAGCGGGGGUUGAGCCACCAGCGCCCCCUCUGUUGUCACCCACGCUCCCGCUUGAUGUCAUCUGCGUCGCACCCGAGUCCUUCAUCGUCAUCACCAACCUUACCGGCGCAACAGCAGCAGCCGUGUGGCGGUCUGGACGCGCGUAGUCUGCGGCGGUGGCUGGCGACGGAGAUGGCGGACACAAGCACUGUGGAGCGCGCACGCACCUCCCAACGACGGCAUCGGCGCUCCCUCGGGAAACCUGGAGGUCCACGCUCCGACUCUGGGGCUGCUUAUGAGAUUGUCGAAUUGUCCAACAACUGGUCGGACGAGCCCGACGCCGCCAUUGAUCGACCUAUGGCGAAAUUGCCGUGCGAAAUUUUCCUUAAUCGGUUGCUUAGGACUCGGGUUUCGGUGGCGAAAUACACGGAUAGGGUGGUGGAAUUGAUUUUUGGCGCAGUGAUGGACUCACAAAGCCCACCUCUUUGCAUCAAAUUCCUCUUCGACUUUCUAGACCAGCAGGCUGAAGCACUCGGUAUCCAUGACCCCGGGGUUCUGCACGCCUGGAAGGCCAACUGUCUCCAUCUGCGAUUUUGGAACCAGAUUCUAAUCAACUUGGACUACGUCUUUGACAUUCCUCUGUUACGUAACACAGCGCUUGAGAGGUCGUUCCACUCGUUUAGCCAGGCCAUCACUUACGCCUGCUCUCCCGUGCUCGAUAAGGUGACUAUGGAUUCACCCAUCAACAAGGCACUAUUUUCCAGUGACAUUGAGGUACUUCCCAGCUCUGAUUUUUGA